UUUGUGGUCUUUGCUAAGACUUUCCAGGCCUUAACUUCUAUCUUGCGAAUUACGCUUGGAACAGAAACGAGAAAGUAAGGAAAGGAAUUCUAUAAUCACAAGGCCAAAUCAGAAUAUAUAUAUAUAUAUAUAAAAUGAAUGAAAAGUUUCCUGAUGUUGCCGAAUAUUGGACAAGCCCAAAAAUUGUGCUGAAAUGUGUAGGCCCAAAACUGGUUCCCUUCUUCAAGACAGUAGCCAUUUACUUUGUUUUGGCCAUCCCCCGUGAAAACCCUUCCUGGUUUGCGUGCCUCAUCAAGUGCCUUCCUGUUUUGUCUCUUUGUGUCUUUGUCCUCCUACAUGGGAUUAGCUUAGGAGAGAAACAUGCCUACUCCAGAAGAAUUUUGGCAGGGAUGAUUUUCUCGUGUAUGGGAGAUGCUUUACUAAUCUGGCCGUGUUGUUUCAUUUGGGGCAUGGCUUCUUUUGCUGUCGGUCAUUUUAUGUAUAUUUGGGGAUUUGGUAUGCGACCAUUCAACCCAAUAGCUGGCUUGGUUUGUGCAGCUAUGACUAUAAUUGGCUACUAUUUUCUUUUUCCUGGACUUUAUGGGGCUUAUGCUUGGUCAGUUCCAUUGUACAUACUCUUAUUAAUGAUCAUGGUUUGGAGGGCUGUUGCCAGAGUUCAGCUAUUUGAAGACUUGUGGACUUGGACUAAGCUUUGUUCUUGUGGAGGAGGAAUCCUUUUUGCUCUCUCUGAUGGACUUAUUGGAAUUAGAAUGUUCCAUCUAUCCUCUUCUCACCCUUUCAUUCAGACAGCUAUUAUGGUAACUUACUAUGCUGCACAACUGGGCAUUGCUUUGUCUGUGGUUGACAGCACAGCAAUGGCUGUUCUUAGUGCAGCAAAUAGCACCACUUCAACCAUUAACUAUUGUACCCCUAUGAAAAAUGAGAAACCAAUGAUUCCUAUCAAUUGUCAGAAGGUUGCAGAAAAACUUAAGAAUGCAAAACUUGCCAAUAAUUCUCCAGAAUUAGUUCUGUCAAAAGUUGAAUAAGUUAUUUUCACAUUUUGGAGAUCAGAUAAAGAAAGAGAAAAAAUUUUCAUUGUGUAUUUAUGUUUUUUAAAGAGCCAUCUCUCAUGGUAUGAUAAAAGAAAAGCCUUCCUGUUUUACUUUAUCUUUGUUGUCUUCCAUAAUGAUAUUACCUUUGUACCAUGGUUGACAUCUAAUAUGUUAUUAUUCACACAGAUAUAAUCUAUGUGUUUUGAAGUUUUUAGAAAAAUAAGCAACCAGAAAAGAAUGAAGGUUUAAACAAGUAGGUAAUUAUGUAUACUGUACUAUUCACACAUAUUUUGUAUAAACAGAUUUGUGCCAAUCCUUUCUGUUAGACUGGGGUAAUAUUUCAUAUGUUCGUAAAUUGAAAACUGAUGAACUAAAACUAUUGAAUCAUUAUAAAAUUACAGUAUAUUAAACUACACCACAAUGAUAGAUAUUUAACUUUAUUUUGUAUAAAAAUUUAGUGUAAGUAAUUAAUCGUGCUUGUAUAUCUAUAUCUAUUAUAUAUAUAUAGCUCUUAUGUAAGAAUUCUGUAUACAAAAUGUGGUCAAACUACUUUACCAAAAAAAUGUUGAAACAUUCAUGUACCUUGAGUAUUUGUAUUGUUGACUAACUUAUCCUAAUAAGUAUUGCUAAUAAUGAGCAAAAAUUAUACACUGUGUAUUUGUAAUAAGUCAAUAUCAGGGUACUUUAAUUAUGUUGUCAAAGGUGGAAAAAUAUUUAGCAUUAACUUAAAAUAUGUUGUAAGUAUGCUAGUGCCAAAAGUAGCCCAAAAAAGCUUAAAUCUUUAUCUUCUUAAUUUUAUGAAACAUGAUAAUGCAUGACAAAGCUUGACUGUUUGGCUUAAAACAAGCUUAUAAAUAAUGCUAUUUAGAUAUUUUUACUUUUUUCAUAAAACUAUAGUAGAGGUGUUAUCUCUAUGUGGUUUAGAAUGAAACAAAAAAUCAUAAUAGCAGCCAUUAACUGAAUAAUAAAAGUUAGAACAGCUGAGUUUUUAAAGCUGGAAAUCUUUAAGCAGAAAACAGCCAGUUUUUUCAGGUGAUAAUUAUUUUCAUUGAGGUUCCAAGCUAGGAAAUUAAGAUGGGAGUCAGAAUGACAAUAAUUACAAACUUUUUAGCAAGAUACUUUAUAAAUUUUGACCAUAUAAUUGAAAAAUGAAAGCCUUUUUGUGUUUCUUUGGUUUGUUGAGUGAGGACAAUUGUGUGUUUUCUCAUCUCUAAACUUAAAUUGUAACAAGGUAGGGAAACAAAAAUAUUUAUAACCCCAGAACUUGAACUUGAAUCAGUGUUAUUUUGAAUAUGUAGUAUGAAAAAUGUGUCAACGAUUUUGCUAUACUUUAUUGUUUUAUAUAAAGCCUUUAAAUAAACUAUAAAUAACUGAUAUGAAUAUUUGUACCAUAAUUAAUCAUAAAUGAUAAAAACAAAAAAUAGAUGGGUGGUUCAAUAUAGAAAACAUAUGUUGCUAUAUUUAGUUUCAUAGCUUGAUGUUAUAAUGGAAUGCUUUCAUAUAUUUUAUUCACAAGUAAAUGUACUUUGAUAUGAAUAUUUUGAAUAUUUUUUGUGUAAAAUAAAACAUUUUUCAUACAGACUAUAACGAGAUAGUUAAAGAUGAGCUCUAUAUUCAUAAAUUAGCUAAGUCUGUAUAUAUGUUCCCUACACCUAUUAUUUUCUCUUUUUAUUGUGAGUUGUGAAUAUACCUAUAAAGUCUACCAGCCAAUAAAGUGUCAAUUUUUUAAAGUUUAAGACAGUUUACAUUAUGAUACUAGAUGUCUCAAUCAAAUUUUUCAUUUUCUGUAUAAAAAAAAGAAUGAACACUGUACAUAUUUUAUACAAGUAUUCUAAAUGUGGUUUCGCUUAAUUAAGUUUCUGAUACACAGACUUGUAAGGUAAUUCAUAUUUUCAAAACUUAGCAUAUAAAUUAUUGCAUCUUUCAUUUUGUUUUGAUAAAACUAUAGUAGAGGUGUUAUUUCUAUAUGGUUUAAAAUGGAAAGGAGAAAUAAUGAUAGUAAUUCUUAAAUGUGAUAAAUUGGAAAAGCUUUUUUUUUUUUUUAUAAAGUGUAGUGCAGUAUUUCAGUUUAGAAUCAGUAUGGAUUAUUCCUUGUUAAAUAACAAAAAUUCAAAUCUUCUAGACUUGUUCCCAUAACGUUUAAUUGGACAUAAUUUACUGGUUAUAACUUCUUUUAUAAACUGCAGUAUUGAACAGCUUAUUUGCACUUGUAUAUUUGUAAGCAUUGUUCAUAGUACUCUUUGUUUCCAUUAAUAAUCUGAGAAUGCAGAAUCAUUGCAUUCAUUCUUCCAUUUAAUUCACCACUUGUAUGUCACAACAGAACUUUUCAUGAUUAAUUUCUAUGUUUAUUUUUAGUUAUAGACAUUUCUUUUGAGAAAAUUUUCUAGAAAAAUAGGUUUGAUUUAGCAUUUUUGUUUGUCAGGUACAAAUAUAUAGUGUACAUUGUGUCUUUUAUUUGUGUAUACAAUCCAAGUUUGAUUAUUCCUACUAUUGCUGUUUUAUUGUGUAUGGGUGCAUACAUAAUUUUUAUAUGGUCCUUGUAUACCAUAUGUAAUUUGUAAAAUUAAGUAACGAAAAUCAUUAAUUUAGGUUAUUCAAGGUUUAGCUUUUGAGUUUAUUGGUUAAAAAUUAGAGUAAAAUGUACAUAGAAAUUUUGGUUGUCCUGUGGCUACAAGAAUGAAGUUCACUAUCAAGUAAGUACAAUUUAAUAUCACUCAAUAAACUAUUUAUAGCAACAUUUGCAUCUGGUUACUCAUAAAUCCUCGAAAUUAGGAUACCAAGUCCAUGAGAAAAAGAUGCCAUUGUAAGUGAAUUAAUUGAGAAAACACCUUGGCAAAUACCAUUCUCAUUCUUAAGAGAUUUUUUCCAAUUAAAGAUGCACUUAAUACUUGAGCAGAGUACAAGGCAAGUUUCCUCACCAAGGUAAAAAAAAUUGAAAAUUUAAAUUAGAAUUUUACAUUGAUUAAAUAUGUUUGGUGAAAUCAUAAACUUUCCAAGUUAAAUCUGUGGCAUAAAUUGUCAUGACCUGCCCAUAUGAUGCUCAACUUUCACUGGAAGUCAAAAUCAAAUGAUAUUUGUUUAAAAAAGUCAUUUAAUGCUUUCAUGCUAGCAAAAUACUGUAAGAGACUCCUAACAACUUUGUUUACAAAUAUUGAUAUUAUUUUUUUAAAGUAAAACUGGCUUCUUUGUACUGAGCAAACAGAAAAUAUAUUUGAAAUAUAUCAAAGUGUUGUAAAUUUAAAGUAAUAAAUUUCACUUUCCUCUCAGAUACUACAACACUCAGUAAUUCAAAACUACAUGCCUGGUGGUUUGGGUGUUUAACUUGCAACCUGAGGGUUGUGGAUUUGAAUCCCUAUCACUGAAUAUGUUUGCCCCCUUUUAGCUGUGGGCCAUUAAAAUGUUACAGCCAAUCUCACUAUUUGUUGGUAAAAAAAGUAGCCCAAAUGUUGGUAGUGAGUGGUGUUGGCUAGCUGUCUUCCCUCUUGUCUAUUAUUGCUAAAUUGGGGACUACUAAUAUAGGUAGCCCUCAAAUAGCUUUGCAAGAAAUUCAAAACAAACAAAACAAUGUAUGUAUUGACAGAGUGCAUGCUAGUUUUGGUUAUGAAUCAUAUUUUGAUGAACCCAACUUUUUUUUUUUAAUUAAACUAAUACAAUGUAAAAGCUAAUAAAUAAGGAAUUAUCAGUAUUUCCAGCAGCCUACCCAAAAUAUUAAAAUACACUUUAGAACUUAGAAGUGGAAACUAAAUUUGUGUGAUGUUACCUACUUACUUUUUUCUUAGCCUUUCCUUGAGUAAUGUUCAUGUAGGUGACAAAAUCAUGUAAACGGACAAUUUGAGUGUGUGAAAUAAAUGUCAAGACAAACAGUUUAUAUGUUGCAUAUUUAAUUAAAAGGACAAAAAGAAAAUGUUUUUUUUCAAUGAUGGCAUUUUUAUUUGUUUGUUUUAACAGUUGUCUAUGACAUUUUCAAAAAAUGCCAUGGCUUUCCCGUAUGCUGUCGUUAAUUUCAAGGACUGCUUUUACAUCUUAUGAGUAUUUGUCAAAAGUUGAGAACCUCAUGUAACUAAGAUUCGGUUUAUGUUUUCAUUAAUUGUUUUGACACCAGACCAAAUAUUUUUACUUAUUAACCAAUUACAUACUUUUUCCUCCCAGCUCUAACAACUUUAAUGGGAAAAAAUGUGAAGUUUUGUUUAGAAGUUGUAGAAAAGUAAGUCUUUGAGCAUUUCUGUGCUGGAAUGUCAUUUAGUUAUUUUGUUAAAUAAACUUGUAAAAGAUUAAAAUAUUUUCUACAAACAUUAUUUCUGACACGUUUUCAUGAUUGUCACUUAGUUUAUUUUGGGUUUUGCUCCUUAUUCAUUCUUACUCAUGUAAGCUAACAAGAUUGUUUUAUAUUAAUUUGGGCUUAUUUGUAAUAAAAGUGAAGUAUUGAUUUUUUCAAACUUCAGAACUUAAUCUACAUUUUAUAAGGUUUGUAGAGAGUAAAAUAACCUCUUAACCCAAAAUAACAUCAAUGCGACCACUGUUGAUAUGCUUGUUUUCAAAAACAAAGUCAAUUUUAAUUAUACACACAUUUGAUUCUAAUUUGUUUACAGAGUUACUCCUGUAAUUGCUUAAGUAUUUUUGCUACAAAUUUUCAAAAUGUGUAACUAUUUCAUUUUUUCUUUUAAUAGAUAUGUGGAUGUUACAUGACAUCUUUACAUGGUCUGGUAAAUAUAUUAAUGUAAACUUUUUUUUUCAUGUAAAUCAAAGAGUUGUUUUAUUUUAGAAUAUUUUGUACCUUGGUUUUGGAAAUCUAUUACUGAAAAACUGAGAGAUUUUAAACUGAUAAGAGUAGUUUCAGGCAUUAUACAUUAACUGUAUCAUUAGGAAAACAAUGUUAUUGUAUCUUGCACACUUCAUAAGGGACUGAGAUUACCAUAAAAUGGAAGACUACACAGAUCAUUUUGAGAUGGAGUUCAUAAAGCUAUUAAAAAUUUAGCUGUCUGUGUAAUAAAAAUCUUAGCAGUAUUUAUGAAAAUACUGUGGGUGCAUCAGCUGCUGGAAGACUACACAGAUCAUUUUGAGAUGGAGUUCAUGAAGCUAUUAAAAAUUUAGCUGUCUGUGUAAUAAAAAUCAUAGCACUAUUUAUGAAAAUACUGUGGGUGCAUCAGCUGCAUAGCAAUUUAGUUCCUACAUAAUUCUGCAAAACUACAAAUAGAAAGUUUUAUUACAACUUAAGUAUGAAUAUUUUCUUCUUUAUGCUCUUAUUUUAAUAAUUUGAUUGUUUCCCCCUCCCCAAAUUUAAUGUGAAAACUUCAACUAUAGUACAAGUAUGUAUAUUUUUCUGUUUGAUAUAAUUUAUUUGGUUAUUAAUUUUUUUUCUCUUAAAAGAGUCUGGGUGCGAGUAUUUUUAUGUUCUUUUUGUGGUUAUUGGGCUUCUAAAGUCCAAGUUAGAUUCAUUGCACCUUUUCAAAUGAUCUUAAUUUUAGUAACUUUCUCUUAAAACAUUAACAAAUUUACUAACAAACAUACUGAAUGUAUAAACUGUUAGAGACAAAAAAAUGUAUUUAUACUUUGAAUGCAAAAAAUUAAAUUUUGUAAUUAUCUUAUUAUUAAAAUUUUUGGCUUAUGUAAUAUUAAUUAUUAUUACGCUGGUGCAGAUCAGUGUUUGAAUGUUUAGUUAACAAAGAAAGCUUUGUUCCUGGUCAAUUUAUUCUUUAAAAAUGUUUUUACUUAGUUUGCUUUAGUUGUAUUUGCAGAUUUGAAUCCUUACUGGAUUUGCUAAGUGCACAAAUUAUAAAUUGUUUGUGUACUGAUGAUAGGGUACAUGAUUUAUAUGAUAAAGCAACAAUGAUUAGUUGCUGUUGGCACAAGCUUGAGCAAGUGCAAGGCUUUCUGUAUUACUUAAUGACUGUGGUAACUUGAAUCAAGUUGUGACUACUUUAUGAUUUACAAAGUAAUCAUAUUUCCCUUUCUUUGUAAAAAUAAAUGUUUAGAUUUGUUUCUCUAAGUGCUGUAAUGUAAUAAUAAUCAAACAAAUAACAGCUUUUAAGUCUCAUAACAUUCAUUGAAGACAUUUAUUAUUUGGAGUGAUACAUAUUGCUAUGAUACUCUAAAAUAUAGUAAGCUAAAUCUAAAACCAAAUUAUUAUUUCAGAAAACUGUAGUGGUUCAGCAAAAGACAUCAGUGCAAUAAGCAUUUGUACUAGUCUUUCCAUCAUUAAAAACAAAACAGAAUUAUUGAAGGAUUGUUUUUCUAACUUGGAAUUAGAAUAUUAGGUUUUAGGUAAGUUAGAGUAAAUUUUUGAGUCUUUUUAUUGUGUGAAUUGAUUACUUUUAAUGUUUAAAUGUUGGUGCAUAGCUUUCAAUAAAUUGGUUCAAUUCUGUCA